AUGCCUGUUCUUCAAUCGCUUCCCCUUGCUUACAAGAGGGUCUACUGUCCCGCACCAGUCCUGCCCCAGUACCGAUCCGAAGACCUCGAGUCCGCCAUCCCUGCCCCCGAAGUCACAAAGAUCGCUCUGAAGCUCCGCCAUCUGGUUGAGCUGGCCGUGCCCUGCGAGCUGGACGAGGACGACAUCACAAAAGCCCACAGCACCAUCAUCACUAAGAAGGUCAUCAAGGCCGCCAAGGAGGCUGGCGGCUCCCACUACGGCUCCUGUGUCGUCUUCUGCCUCAUCGUCUGCAAGAGGUGGUUCAAGCACCAGGCACUGACAGAGCUGUGGGAUGCCGACCUGCAUCGCGUGCGCGCCGUGGCCUGUGAGGUCAUUGCUAAGCAGAUCAUCGAGGGAGAAGAGGACCUCCAAUACCUCAUGCACUCAGUUCUGCUCCGCCGCUACUCCAUCAUCGUCGACGGCAAGUCCACUCCUCCCGCCAACGUCAUCGAAAAGGCCGUCGAUCUUCACGCCGUUAGGGUUAUUGGUUCAUCGGGCUACCAGAAGUGUAUCUCCUACCUGUGGAAGGGAUGGCUGGUUCAGGACGAGAACGACCCCUCCGUCUUCGUCGACUACAAAGACAAGACUAACCCCUCCUUCCUUGUUCACAUGGACCCCGACCGUAUUCGUGCUCCCAUGUACCAGAACGCGACGCAGGUCAUCAUCUCCCUGGUCUACAUCGGCCUAUACACGGCCGUGAUCAAUUCGGUCAACGCCAAGGGUGUCUUGGACUCGGCCGAGGUGUUGUUAUACAUCUUCACGCUCGGCUUCAUCUGUGAAGAGGUCACCAAGUUCUGGAAGGCCGGCUACCAUAUCCUGGGUUUCUGGAAUGCCUUCAACGGCAUUCUCUACUCCUUUAUCUCGCUGUCCCUGAUCCUGCGCAUCAUCGGCCUGACCCAUGGCGAGGGCGAAGAUGCGCGGAAGUACUACAGCGAGCUCAGCUAUAACUUCCUGGCCUUCAGUGCGCCAAUGAUCUGGUCUCGCCUGUUGUUGUACCUCGACAGCUUCCGCUUCUUCGGCGCCAUGCUCGUCGUGCUCAAGGUCAUGAUGAAGGAGUCCAUCAUCUUCUUCGCCUUGCUGGCCGUGUUGAUCAUUGGCUUUCUCCAGGCAUUUGUCGGCCUUGAUCUGGCCGACGAUCUUGUCGCCGAAGACAUUACCUUCAUCAUGUCCGCCAUGGCCAACGCCAUCAUGCAGAGUCCCGACUUUAGCGGGUUCGACAAGUUUUCGCCGCCGUUUGGCAUCAUACUCUACUACUGCUUUACCUUUAUCGUCAUGGUCGUUCUGCUCAACAUACUCAUUGCGUUGUACAACUCGGCGUACGAGGACAUCUACGACAACGCCAACGACGAGUACCUUACGCUGUUUGCGCAAAAGACUAUGCAGUUCGUCCGCGCGCCCGAUGAGAACGUUUACAUCCCGCCUUUCAACCUGAUCGAAAUGGUCGUUAUUGGCCUCUUCUGGUGGAUGGAAAAGUCAAAGUUCGAGCGCAUGAGCGACUUCAUCAUGGGUUUCAUCUACUCGCCUGUCCUCGUUUUUGCAGCCGUCUUCGAGACGCGAUCGGCCGCCGAGAUUAGAAGUAACCGGGCUCGAGGCGAGGAAGACGACGAUACCAUCGAGGAAUGGGAGCAGAUGAUGGACCAGGUCGACUUUGAGUCUGACGGUUGGAACAAGGUGUGCAUCACGGCCAAGACGGACCUAGAUGUCGACCCGACGAUUUCCGAGGUGCAGAAGCUGCGCAGCGAGGUCGAGGAGCUCAAGAAAAUGCUGGUGGACAUCUCAAAGGCCGUCUCGGCUGGAAACGCCGGCAACACGCAAGCAACCAAUAACCUGAUUGACCUCGGCGAGACCACCGCUCCUGCCGCUGCCGGGGGCUCGGACAAGAACAAGAAGAGGAGCAAGAAGGGAAACAAGAACAAGAACAACCAACAGCCGACAGGCGACGACGGCAAGGCACCAGGGGGCUCUAGCUCGAGUGACGAAGAGUGA